AUGUCAAGGGGAAACCAGAGCCAUGUUGCUGAAUUCCUCCUCCUGGGACUGACCAAUGACCCCAAAGAGCAGGGGUGGCUCUUUGCCAGCUUCUUUGCCAUGUAUCUGGUCAAUGUGGCCGGCAACUCAGUCAUCAUUGCAGCCAUCUGGGGGGAUGCCCGCCUCCAUACCCCCAUGUACUUCUUCCUCUCCAAUCUAUCUUUCGUGGACAUCUGCUUUACAAAUGUCAUUGUGCCAAGGAUGCUGGCAAACAUGCUGAGCAAGAACAAGAAGGUCCUCUUUGCCCAGUGCCUCACACAGAUGUAUUUCUUUGUGGCCUGUGCGAUCACUGACAGCUUCCUUCUCGCUGCCAUGGCUCUUGACCGCUACAUGGCCAUCUGUCACCCGCUGCAUUACACCACAACCAUGAGCCCCCAACGCUGUCUCCUGCUGGCGACGGCAUCCUGGGUGCUGUCCCACCUCCACUCACUCACCCACACGAUUCUCAUGGCCCACCUCUCCUUCUGUGGGCCCAACACAGUGAGAGAUGGCAUAGAGGUUCUCUAUAUGGCAGUGAUAAGUGUUACUUCUGAAAUGGACUCCCCGAAGUCAAUGGAAAUGAUGGGAUCCCAGAGCAGGAGUCAACAGGUGGUAGCACUGGUCUCCAGAGACAAGGAGUCUAGUCUUCCAGUUACGAAUUUAAAACCCACAGUCUUACCAGGAGUGGUCAGGGAUGACAUUUCUGGUUCAAUCUGUUGGCCAAUAUUUAUUACACAACUACAUGAGCCAGGUGGAAAACAGUGGGAAGCAAAAACAGACUUGAACCCUGCCUUGGUAGCACUUUCACCAAGGACCUAUCCAGAUGCUGUAUGGAUGGCCUUGGUGGGCCCUUGCCUAGUGGAAGAAUCCAAUUCAGACCUUCUGAGCACCAAGUAUCUCAGAGAGGAAGGAAACACUUCAGAAAACAAUGCUGCUGUAUGCAUGCACCUGUUAAGAUGCUAA